AUGGCCGACCAGCUCUCGUCCCAACCCCCGGACACGCCCACUUACGUGCUGAGCUACCCGGCUCGGCACGUCCUCAUGGUCGCCAUCGACCGGGAGGCCAGCAUGAACGCCAUCACCAUGGCCGGCCAUUGGGAGGGCGAGAGGCUGUGGCGCUGGUUCGACGACGAGCCCUCGCUCCGCGUCGCCGUCGUCACCGGCCGCGGCAGACGCGCCUUCUGCUGCGGUCAGGAUCUCAAGGAGCAGGCCGAACGGCGGGCGUCGGCCGACGAGCCGUCGAUGCCCACGAUGCCCACAUUCCCGCCCGGUGCCUUCAUGGGCCUCAGCCGGCGUCUGGGCAAGAAACCCGUCAUCGCGGCCGUCAACGGAUUCGCCCUCGGCGGCGGCUUCGAGCUGGCCCUCAACUGCGACAUGGUCGUCGCCUCGCCCACGGCCACCUUCGCCUUGCCCGAGGCCAAGAGAGGUCUAUGGCCCGCCGCCGGUGGCCUCCCCCGCAUCGCGAGGACUUUUGGCAUGCAGACGGCCUCGGAAAUCGUCCUCGCCGGCCGCGUUCUCUCCGCCCGGGAGGCCAUGGAUCUUGGCUUCGCCCGAGUUUCGGCCACGGCCGAUUCGUUGCUCGACGAGGCCGUCGCCCUGGCCAAGGAUGUCGCCGACAUGUCGCCCGAUGCCGUCAUCGUGAGCCGCGCUGGCCUCCGGGAAGCGUGGGAGACGGCGAGCGUUGAACAGUCGGUGCAGCUCGUCCAGGACCGCUACGCCAAGCGUCUUUUGAGUGGCGAGAACCUGCGCAUCGGACUCGUGGCUUUUCUCACCAAGGAGAAGCCCGAAUGGGUCCCGUCAAAGCUGUAG